AUGCUGAUAAAAGAGAGCAAGCUUCAAGCUCAAGGGAGGCCUGCAAUGAUCCUCGCCAAGUCAUCCAGGGUUGGCGCCGACAGAUAUCGUGGAAUGUUCAGUCGCACAAAUAAUAUUGCACCAAGCUCGAGAGUAUGA